CCAAGUAUAUUUUCUCUGUCAUUUGACAGGUGAAGUGUUCUGAUUAAUUUAAUAUAUUUAAAGAAAGAGUGUAACGCUUAAACAUUAUUGCACAAAUUUCAUCUCGAGGAAUAUAAAUGGAAAGAUUUUUACAUUAUACUUGCGUAUUGCAAGGAUAGGAUUGGUUUUUCAUCAACAUAUGUGCAUUAGUGGAAUUUAAGCUGUCCGAGAUGCACAAGGAGGAUGAUACACAAGAAAUUAAGGACGUUAGUGAUGAUGAUUCUGAUGAUGAUGAUGAAUUAAUUACCAGAGUUCCCAAGCGUAAGAGAACAGUUGAAUCAGAUUCAGAAGAGGGAUCUGAUACAGAAGAAGAAUGCUCAGAUGAGGAAGAUUGUGAUGAUGAUGACGACAAUGACAGUUUCGAAGAUGAGGACAAAGACGAUAAAAGUGAUGGGGGUUGCAGUGAAGAAGAGGGAGAUUCAGAAGAGGAUGAGGGAAGCGAAGAAGGCGAAGAAGAAGAAAGUGAAGUAACAGAUAGUGAAGAAUAUGAUUCUGAAGAAGAGGUUCAGUCAACAUCAAUGCGUAAUUCCCUCGCAGCUCCCAUGCGCUUAGUUGACAAGGGCAUUGAAUCUGACAGCAGUGACAUUGGUGAUGGAAAUGGAGAACCUUGUGCAAUUUGCCUUGGACGCAUGAAAGGCGAAAUUGGAUCGCCUGAAGGCUGUGAUCAUUCGUUUUGCCUUGAUUGUAUUCUUGAGUGGUCAAGAACAAAUAACAGUUGCCCUCAAGAUCGAAUACCCUUCUUGUUGGUGUUUGUACGUCAGCGUAUUGGAGGACGUGUUAUUCGACGAGAGGCUGUUAAAGAAGUGAAACCUGAUGAUCUUCCGUCAGAAGAGGAAGACCCAACUUUCUGUGAGGUAUGCGGUCGGAGUGACCGUGAGGACCGGCUGCUGUUGUGUGAUGGCUGUGAUUUGGGUUAUCACCUGGAGUGCCUUGAUCCACCAUUGACUCGUGUACCCAUCGAAGAGUGGUUCUGUCCUGACUGCCAGGCUGUGAACAGCUCCUCAGCUGCUGCAGAGGCUGAAAUUGAGGAUGGAGAACUCCAUGACUUAAUUGAAGAUGGUGCUCCAAGUUCCUCUCUCCCAGCAUUGCGUCCCAACCGUGCAGUUGAGAGACCGAGACUACUACCCCGCACUCGUGCCUCAGAAAGAGUUCGUGCUCGCAUCACCCGUUCACGUCAGCAAAGAGCUGUUAUUACAGAGACUGAAAUGGAAGAGCAGGAAGCAGUACUUGAGGCUAUUGCAGCAGCAGAAGAGCUUGGGGCAAGUGGAAGCCAGAACAAGAUACAGACCAAGAGCGCCUCAAGCACUACAACGCGCAGAACCACCAAAGCUCCCAGAAGAAAGAAGAGAAAAAUUGUGCGUAAGAAGAAGAGAAAAGUCAGAAAGAAAAGAAAAACCACCACAAAGAAGGCAACUUCUACUUCAAAAACUGGCACAAAGAAUCUUAAGGGUAAACGUAAAACUAGAAAAACAACACAACGAAAGCGAAAAACAAAGAGAAAGAAAAAGAAGAAGAUUACCAAGAAAGUAAAACUACCUGUCCCUGCCAUGACUCCAAAAGGAAGAAUAGCAGAGGCUCUUGGUAUAAAACCAUCUAAACCAUGGGAACGUGUACCAACAAUGCAGCCUUUCAGCAAAGAUCCAGGUCUUGGAGCCUUGAGAGCUAAUGCAGCACUACCUCAUCUUUCUCUUUUAGGGGUGAAUGCCGAUGUAGAUGUAAAUUCUGAGCCUGAUGAAUAUGGAGAUGCCAUUCUAGCUUCAGGAAUAAGAAGAGGGAGAGUAAUGGACACAAGCCAAGCUCUUGCACGUCGAAAGGCACUCUCAGUUAGAGCUCUUAUGUCUCAUACCUCUAUUCGUACUGCAGUGGCAAAAUAUAGAAAAAUAGAAAAUAGCACAAACAUUACCAGUGAUCUUUUGGGCUCAAUAAUGGAGACCCAGUCCUUCAUUUUAAAACCAAGCAAAUACAACAAUCUUCUUAAGGUUCCCAUUAAUCCAGGUAGUCCUACACAUGAACGCCUUCAGUUAAAUGGAAGGAUAGGAGCAGUUGCACGAGCAGCUGGGCCAGAGUCACCAGGCAGACAGCAGUCUGGUGGAGAUGGCCAGUCAUCCUCUCCCUCAAGACAGCCACAACAGCUUGGUCAAUCAGCAAGUGGUGGUAGUGGAAGUUCUCCACGAGGUGGUAACAGUAGAACUCAGGGAGAUGACCCAGCAGGAUCAAGGUCUUAUUCUUCAUUUCUGAAAGGAAGUGGGGAUGAUGGUAGAGGAGGAGGAUCUUAUUGUGAAGUACCUAGUGGCAGCUGUAAUGGUAGUGAAAAGAAGGAAAAGAAACAAGAGGAUAAAAAGAAAAAUGAUGAUGAUGAUGAGAUUGAUAUUUAUAGUGAUAUAGAACCCGAAGUACCUGAAGUAGAAGAGGAAGAGGAGGAGGAGGAUGAUGAUGAGGAAGGCGAUGUUGAAAACUUUAAGAGUAGCAUAUCUAUUGUUGCAACAUCAGAGGCUGAUAAAAAAGAAAUUAAUAAUAAAAUUGAUCCUGAGUCAAGUGAUGAUGAACUUGUGAUUGAUGAUAGUGAUAAACCAGAGUGUAGAGGAAAUGUGGACGCUAUGCCCAGGAGAAUAGUUGUUGAGGAAGCUGAGGAAAACAAUGUUGUAGGCAGUAGUAACUUGCCUGGUUUGAAUGACUUUGAACUGGAAGCUGUGUCAGAUACAGAUACCCCUGAGUUAGAGAAAUCUGCUAAUAGUUCAAUUUCCUUAUCUGAUAGCAAUAUGGGAGAUCAUGAAGUGACUAGUAGCACAAAUGAAAAUCCAAAUCCUAAUAAAUCUGAAUGUUUGGUUAAAGAAAUAUUUGGUGAAAGUGAUGAAGAAAAAAGUAGAGACAGAAAUAACCAACCCAUUAUUGGGUUAGAAGGGCUUGAAACUGAAACUAUAUCUGACAAUGAAGAGAUUAGCUUUGAUGAUAAUGAUGAUAAUAUUGAGGAAGGUGAAAUUCCCAGUGAAACUCCUAGGCAUGUUACUCCUCCUUUCCAUCGUCCUCGUGUUAAUUUACAGAUCCGGCGAGUGAUAGAAGUUUCUCCGUCCCCUAGAGACCAGGAAGGAGAGUAUGAAGAAGGUGAAAUAAUUGACGAGAAUGCCAAGCGUAGAGAAAAAAAGAAAGAUAAAAAAGAGAAAAAUAAGAAAGAUAAAGAUAAAGAACCAAAGGAUGGUGAUAAAGAACAAGGUGAUACAGAAAAGGACAAAGAAAAUACAGUUCCUGAAAUUGAGUCAGUAUCACCUAAAGAGCCAGUGGCUGCAGUCCCUGAGAGACCAAAGACUCCUCCUUUAAAGUUAAAAACGAAAGCUAAACAAAAAGAUAAAGAAAAAGAUGUUUCUUUUAAAAAGGUUUCAAAAAAUACGAAGGAAAGAAACUAUAGAGAUAAUGAAAAGGAGGACAGAGAAAGAAGAGGGACAAAAAAUAGCAGAAACCGAGAUGUUCAAGACGUAGGGCGAGAUAGAAAUAGAGAUAGGGAGAGAGGGGAUAGAGACAGAAAUAUUGAGAGAAAUAGAGACUCAAACCGAAGAAGACUAAGAGAUAGAGAAAGAAAAAAAGAACCCAAAAGAAAAGAAAUGGAGAGGUAUAAUGUCAGGAAAAUGAUUACUCAGAAAGAGGAAGAAAGGAAAAAAAAAGAUGAAUUUGGACGUGAUGUAGCACUAAGGUCACGAUCUAGAUCCAGAUCUAGACGAAAAUCUAGAUCACGGUCAAGAAAACGUUCCAGAUCACGGUCACGUCAUGGCUCUAGAUCACGAAAGGGCAGAAGAAGUUAUUCGCGUUCGCCUUCACGUUCUCAUAAUAAAAAACGGGCAAGGAGGAGGAGCUAUUCCUCGUCUUCCUCUUCCUCAUACACGUCUUCAAGUUCUAGCUCAAGUUCCAGUUCAUCUUCAAGGUCUAGAUCUCGUGGACGAAGCAGAGAUAAAAGAAGAAGAAGAACACGAAGUAGAACAAGAACACCGGUUAAAAAGAAACCAGAGAAGAAGAAAGUUGUCAUUCCUGCCAAGCCAAAAGAGAAGGUAAAACAAAAACCUAAGAAAAUUAAUCCAGUUGUGGAAAAGAAAAAGGAAAGAAAAAAAGAUGAUAAAAAGAAAGAUCGAUUGGUGGAGAAGAGAGAAGAAACGAGACUUGAAAGAGAUAAGAGGAAAAAAAAAAGAAAGUCUCCUUUGCAGAGUAAAGAAGUGUAUCAGGCUGGUGGAAGUAUUAUGGUGAGUGUUAGUUUUAAUAGAGCACCAGGAAAGGAAAAUAAAGAUGGUAAAAAGAAGAAAGAGAGAAAUGUUAAAUUAGAAGGAGAGGCGAGAAGGCGAGCAAGAAGAGAAAACACAAAAGUUCAUAGGAGUCCUUUUAGAAAUUGGUCAAGAAGUCGAACGCCAUCUCCAAGUGGUAAACGAACGCCUCUUCAAGAUGAACCAAUGUGGUCACCAGAUCGAUUGGCUGAGACUCGCAAUAAAGAAAAGCCACCUAAAAGUCCAGAAAUUAUAGAUUUAGAUGUGAUUAUGGUCACACCACCACCUCAGGAACCCAUCCUCAUCUCUGACUCAGAAGAUGAGGGUAUUACUCGGUUGCCUCCAGAUUUAGGCACCACACCUGUGCCUCCUGUUAGACCUCAGGGACCUAAAACUCCUCCAGAGCCUGCGGUCAAGUUUACUCUUUCAAGCAAGCAGGUGCUCAAACCUAUUAAUAAUCCAUUACGUGAUGAGGAGGAGGAGGAAGAACCCCCAGCUCCUGCUAGAGGACCCAAUACUCCACCAGGUCCUCCUCCAGAAUCAGAUGAAUCUGUUGGAAGGGCAAAGUCUCCAGCAGUUGGAGUACCACACUCUCCUGCUGGUUCUCCCCCAGGUUCCUCCCCUGAGCCAGAUGUUUAUGAUCCCUUUGAACCAACAAAGUCUCCAUCUCCUCCAGGUUCCCCUCAGCAGGAGGCCCGGGUUAGCAGCAGCGAUCAGACUGAAACUGUAGAAAAAGCCUCUCCUGAAGUUGUAGUUGCACCAAAAGCUGCUUCUCCUCCACCUUUACCAACAGAACCACCAGAACCUGAGGAGAGACCACCUGAACCUCAGAAACCACCUGAAGAAGAAGCCACAAGUACUGUACCCCCUACUGCAGCACCUGCUGCUCCUGUGGCUGUGACAACAAAUGCUGCCCUUAAAACGCCUAAAGUUGCCAAAGCUCCAAAAACAACUGCUGUACCUGCUAAAGCAGCUGCUCCAAAGACUGCAGCACCUGCUCCUGCUACAGUUCCAACAAAUCCCAUUAAUCAAAUAUUUCCUGGUCUCCCUGCCAAUGUUGCUAAUAUUCUAUAUCCAGCAGCCAUAGCAGCUGCAGUACGCAGUGCUAGCGGUGGUAUCAUACGUCCACAAGUUGUACAAACUGUAGCAGCUCCAGACUUUUCACGACCUCCUCCAGGCAACCUCUUAAACCGCCCUCUUCCAAUGACUAUAAUAGCUCCCACACGACUUGGAGAAAAAGGCAGAGCAACACAGAAUGGAAGAGAUGUUACACAUACAGAUGUAAUCGACAUGGAUCUGGAUUCGCCAAAUUCUCCAGAUAGUUCUGACGUUAGUGACAUGUUCGAGCCACCUUCACCCCAUUCAACACACCAAUCCGAGAAACCUUCUCCUAGAAAAACAAGGAGCCAAGCAAGAACAGCAACCAUAAAGGCUGGUAAAGGAGGUGGAGAUAAAUUUGAUAACCUUUUUGGAGGUCGAGGUGGACGCAAGUUUGGCACACCUCACAAACACAAGUUUGGUAGAAAAGUAAAACCUGGAGGCAAAAAAGGUGAAGGUAAUGAAGAAGAUAUACCAAGUUCAGCAGUGGAUUUACAAGUGAAAGAAAAGUUCCUGAAGAAAGUACAACGGCAAGAACGUGUUGUUGAAGAAGUGAAACUUAGUCUCAAACCAUUUUACAACAAAAAAACUAUAGGCAAAGAAGACUACAAAGAUAUCAUGCGAAAGUGUGUACAGAAGGUUUGUCACAACAGAUCAGGAGAGAUAAACCCUACCAAAAUACGUGGUCUUGUGCAAGGCUACAUCAAGAAAGUCAAGUACUAUCGUAAAAAACAAAUUGGGCUUGCUGACCCACUCCCAACAAAACCCACUGCCAAUAAUCCCUCAGCACCUUCCUUUGUUCUCAUCCCUAAAGCAGCCAAACCUCCAACACCUAUAAAAAGUAAAGCCUAGUUUAUUGUAAAUUUAUUUAGCAGGAAUUAUUGUUCAAAUUUGGAGUAUAUUUACUACUACAAGUAAUAAGAUCAUAAUUUGUAGAAAGGCCUGUUGUUCAGUGACUGAACACCUGUGUUAGGUAACACUGAAUUUCAGGAUUGGUGAAGCUGAUGUAGAGUAUGACUGAUUUUUGUAUGUUUUUUUAUUUAUUGAUAUAUAUAUAUAUUUUUUUUUUUAUAAGUAUGAAUUGUACAUUCUUGGUAGGAAAAUAGAACUGUUAGGACUACUGUAUAGUACACAAGAUAAUGUAAUAUUAUUUAGCUAUUUUCAUGCGAGUGAAAACCUAUUACUGGGUUAAAUUAUUUAUAUAAAAUAAAUCGUCAAUGGGUGCCCCUCAAGAAUAUUUUGUGGUUGUUUUUAGUGUAAUAAGUAUGCCUGUGGAAAAUACUUGUGAUGUGACUCUGGGAUUGUAAUCUUGAGGACAGCUGUCAGCAAGAUGUUGGACAUGGUCAUGGUGACUGCUUGCCUCAAUUUAAUGUUGAAUCUCCAUUGCAUCGUUGAUAUCCUUUACAGUAUACCAAAACCAUGAGCAUUUUCCAGAAGACCUCAUAUAUUUUGUAAGUACAUUUUCCAAAGCACAGCUGUGGUAGAAGAUAAAAAUAAACUAAUGGCAAAGGUUUCAGAGAAUAUUGUGAUGGCUCGGUAUGAUGGUUGUGUUUUAUGUGAAUACUUUAUUAUAGGAAUGGUGAAGGAAUAGUUCUAACAUCACUUAUAAAAUUGUGGUCAACAAAUGCUUAAGAGGUUUCUGCAUUGAAUUAUGUUCACCAAAUAUAUAUAUAAAUAUAUAUAUU